UACGUUUUAAACAACGAACAUUAAGCUAACUGCGGAGUAUGGAGCGAGCUGCGACUUUUUUAAACAUUUGAAAUGGCUGAAACGGAGAUUUCAACACGGAGAGGAUUUUUAGACAUAAGUCCAGCAAAGAGACACGACGCGAACAAAGAAAACGAUGGUCCAGUUUUGGUUUUGAAACUCUUUUCUCAGGCUCCGUUUGUGACUUUCGGUACCGUGAAGCUGGGAACCUCCAAGUCUGUGGUUCUGCGCAUUGAGAACCCGACGGGCGGCGCGGAAGCCGAGGUGACCGUUGACAAGAUCCCCUCAAGUAAAGGCUUUUCUGUGGACAGCAACCCGUUCACGAUUCAGCCCGAGGACUCGUUCAGUUUGACAGUAACAUGGACUCCAACAGAAGAAGGUGGAAUCAGAGAGCUCAUCCUCUUUAAUGCCAACGGGGUCCUCAAGCAACAGGCCGUGUUGCUAGGGAGAGCGGAAGCACCAAGGAAAAAAAAGACAAGCUUAUGGGACAAGAUCAAAAACAAGAGGGAGGGAGAAACGGUAAACCCAAGAAGGAAGAAAACAGAACAGCCUUUGAAGAUGGCUGCCAAUAAAACCUUCCAAGUGUCCCGAAAGCCAGAGUAUAAACGGAAAAAGCCACGCAGCCCACUUGCUUCUCUCAACGAGGGCAGAGCUGUCGGAGAGAGACCCGUCUCCCACCUCAGUCCCGUUGACGAUUACUCUCAGAAAUCCAAGGAGAAGACGGCCUUGACUUCCACCCAAAGGCAACGGUCUCUGAGCUUGUUGGACCAGGAGAAUAUCCAUCAUGUUCAGAGGAACUCUCCCCUUGUCCUACUCGUACCAGCCGGCAACAUGUCUGCAAGCCCUGAUGGCAAAGAUCUUACCAAAAGGCUCAACGUGACUCUGUCGCCUAUCGGGACGCCCGAAUUGUUUAAGAAGCUCAUGCCUCGCAUUCGGUCGGAUGGCCAACUCACUGCGGCUGACAGUGUGUUAACUGGAACGGCAGCUCUCAAUUUGAAAGAUGCUCUGGCCCUCAUCGACUCUGAUCUGAGCUCCAUUAACGCCAGUCCUCGAGACACCAACUGCAGCUUCUCGGAUCCGCUAGAAUCCAAGAGUGGGGGCAGAAAUGGCCUCAAAGCGUUACCCGAUAGCCCGCAGGGGUCCGAGUCCACUGAGCCGAGACUCACGUUUUUUGUCAGCAAAGGGGUUGUAGUUUCAGAGAACGGUGGUGAAAAGGCCAAAAAGGCCUCUUUCGCAUCUUCCACGGUGAUCAAGAGCAGAGCACCACCACUGGUGGAGUCGACCCAUUCAAGUGGCAGGAAAAAUAAAAAGUCCUGGCGAAGCCUUUUGGAGAAAACACUGGAGCUGUCUGAUGGCAGCGACCGGCGUGAGUCUGGUCCAGGCACUCCAAGCCUUCCCGUUAUCCACCCAGACACAGAAACCAGGGGGCGGAAAAGCUCUGAGAUUGCCAGCCCCCUGUGUGAUGACCGACAUCAUGCCCAGGAAGCUACCCCCUCCGGCCCGACUCCGCCCGUCACCUUCCCCGUCACCUCCCCUCCACCUCUGGCCCCCGCUCGCUUCUCUUUCUCAGCCCUCACGGUCCCCUCUCUGUCGCCCCUGGGCUCAUCUUCCCCCGUACACCACGCCUCCACACAACGCGCCUCUCCGGCCCUCUCGGAACCCGCGUUCGUGCCGGACGACCCCUUUCCCGUUCACGUGGCGGGGACGGGAAAGAAGAGGAAGAGCGAGGAAGUUUUGAGAAGCGACGCAAAGGUUGAGGAUGCCGGGAAAGCUGAGCGUGUCAAAAGGAGCAAGGGGGUCUCCGGAAGAGCCCAGCCCCCGCGACCGACGCAGGAGAGGAGAGGUGCAUCGCAGAGGCAACCGCCGAGAACCGCAGGCUCCGUGCGAUCAAUGCCUCCCUCGUCUCUAAGGACCGCAAGGGCCGUGGCUCCUGUCCAGGCAAAGCAAUCGAGCUCAAAACUCUCCUCACGAGGUGCCCGGUCAUCUGGUAUUUCAUCAGUGAAGACUGCAAAAGUGGUUGCUCUUGCGCAGUCGAAACUGACCUUUAUUAAGCCGCUGCAAACAGCCAUACCGAGACACCCGAUGCCGUUUGCUGCCAAGAACAUGUUCUACGAUGAGCGGUGGAUCGAGAAGCAGGAGAGGGGAUUCACCUGGUGGAUCAACUACGUCCUCACCCCAGACGACUUUAAAGUCAACACCGAAGUCGCCGAAGUGAAUGCUGUGUUCCUCGCCAUGGGCAGCGGCGACAAGUGCAGUGUGCCUCGAGCGCCCACCAAAGAGGAGAUGUCCUUCAGCACCUACACGGCCCGGCGGAAGCUGAACCGCCUCCGCCGCUCCGCCUGCCAGCUGUUCACUUCCGAGGCCUCGGUCAAGGCCAUCCAGAGGCUGGAGCUGGAGGUGGAGGCCAAGAGGCUGCUCGUCCGGAAAGACCGCCACCUUUGGAAGGACAUAGGGGAACGCCGCAAAGUCCUCAACUGGCUUCUUUCGUACAAUCCGCUGUGGUUACGGAUUGGUCUCGAGACGAUCUUCGGGGAGUUGAUCUCGCUGGAGAGCAACGGCGACGCCUUGGGUCUGGCGCUGUUCAUCCUGCAGCGGCUGCUCUGGAACCCGGACAUCGCGGCUCAGUUCAGACACGGCAAAGUGCCGAACCUCUACAAAGACGGCCACGAGGAGGCGCUGUCUCGCUUUACUCUGAAGAAGCUGCUCCUGCUGGUGUGUUUCCUGGACAAAGCCAAAGAGUCCCGGCUGAUUGAGCACAACCCCUGUCUGUUCUGCUUGGAUGCAGAGUUCAAGACGAGUAAAGACCUGCUCCUGGCCUUCUCCAGGGACUUCCUCAGCGGCGAAGGGAUCCUGCCCCGACAUCUCGGCUACAUGGGGUUACCCGUCUCCCACGUUCAGAAGCCCCUGGACGAGUUCAACUUUGCCGUGAAGAAUUUGGCAGUUGAUUUGAAAUGCGGCAUUCGUCUAGUGCGUGUGAUGGAGCUCCUCGUCCAGGACUGGACUUUGUCAGCCCAGCUGCGUCUGCCAGCCAUCAGCCGCCUGCAGAAGGUCCACAAUGUGGACGUGGCGUUGCAAGUGCUCAAAAGCAAAGGGGUGGACCUCGAGGAUGAACACGGAUCCAACAUUGAUUCCAGAGACAUUGUGGAUGGACACAGAGAGAAGACACUGAACCUCUUGUGGAAGAUCAUCUUUGCGUUUCAUGUGGAGACUAUUUUGGACGAGGCUCAGCUGAGGGAAGAAAUUGGCUUCCUGAGCAGAAGCUUGAGGACCAAACGAAGGCUGGCGUCCCUGAGGGCCGGCCGGGUCCUUCAGCCGAGUCCUUCAAAGACCAGGGCGUCGUAUGAACACAGCAGCACUAAGAUUACUCUGCUGAUGGACUGGGUCCGAACCGUGUGUGACUUCUACAAUCUGAAGGUGGAAAACUUCACCGUGACGUUCUCGGAUGGCCGCGUCCUCUGCUACCUUAUCCACCACUACCACCCUAAUCUCCUGCCAGAGAGGGCCGUCAGUCACAGCACCACGCAGACCGUCGAGUGCUCGUCGAGGGGUCGCCUGGAGCUCAACUGCUCCGCCAGCGACUCCGACAACUCCUUUGAGUCCUUGCCGACGGGCCUGAACGGCCCAGAAUCUCCAUCAGUGGAAUUUAAAGAGCUCUUGGAGAAUGAGAAAAACAAUUUUGGACUGGUCAACACUGCAGUGUCAUUCCUGGGUGGCGUUCCCGCCAUGAUCAACCCAGCGGACAUGUCCAACACCAUCCCCAACGAGAAGGUUGUGAUGUCUUACCUGUCCUUCCUGUGUGCCCGUCUUCUGGAUCUGCGGAACGAAAGCAGAGCAGCUCGGGUCAUACAGGGCGCCUGGAGGAAAUACCGAUUAAAGAAACAGCUACAGCUCUACAAGGAAAGAAACAUGGCUGCCAUGAAAAUCCAGUUGGUCGUGAGGAGUUUUCUACAGAGUCGCCGAGCUAAGAGGCAGACGCACGCUGCCGUGAUCAUCCAAUCAGCCUGGAGAGGUUUCUUAGCCCGCAACAGGCUGAGGCUCAAAAAACAGGCUGAACUUCGGGCUCUGCACCAUGAAGCAGCAACUGUCAUCCAGGCUCAAUGGAGGAUGUUUUCGGCCUCGAGGGCUUACCAACGCCUCCGAUACUACGCCAUUGUUGUCCAAGCGCAAUGGCGAAUGAGAAGGGCAGCCGCUGCUUACGGAAGAAUUCACUGGGCGGCAACUGUCAUCCGGAAGCACUCGCGAGCCUGGGCUCUGGCAAAAAGAGAUCGGGCCCAUUAUCUCUCCCUAAGAGCUUCGGUGGUUAAAAUACAGCGAGGAUACAGAAGAUGGAAAACCCAGAGAAUGGAAAAAGAAAACCGUGCUGCCAAAGUGAUACAAGCUGUGUUUAAGAAAUGGCAUGUUGCUAAAAUGGCUGCAAGAGCUGUUGCUGCUGUAAAGAUUCAGUCUUGGUACAGAAUGCAGAGGUGUCUCCAUCGCUACGGAAAGAUCAAGAGAAGCACUGUGCUCAUUCAGGCCCAGAGCAGAGGUCACGCACAGCGCCGCCGCUUUCGGGCGUUGAUGCUGCAGCGCCACUCGGCCAUCGUCCUCCAGAGUGCCUUCAGAGGGCAUGCUGUCAGGAAGCAGAUGGCAAAAAUGAGAUGCGCCGCCAUCAUAAUCCAGCGCCGGUUCAGGGCCUCUGUGUUGGGAGACGCGGAAAGGCAAAUGUUUGCGAGGAUGAGACGCGCCGCCACGACCAUACAGGCGGCUUAUCGUGGACAAGCGGCUCGGGAGUCGCUGAAAAGGCGGCACAAGUCGUCAACGGUGAUCCAGGCAGCUUUCAGGAUGCACGCGGCCCGACGGCACUACCUCGCCGUGAGAAAAGCUGCAGCUGUGAUUCAGCGGAAGUACAGAGCCGCCGUUCUGGCCCUCGAGACGAAGAAGGAUUACGAUGCUCUCAGGAACGCGGCGCUUGUCAUACAGGCUAACUGGAGAGGCCGAGCCGACAGGAAGGCGAUGGAGGAGCGGCGUCGGUGUGCAACGCUGAUACAGGCGCACUACCGGCGCCACGCGGCGCAAGCCAAGUUCAGAGCCAAGGUGGCCAGUGUCGUGGUCGUACAGCGGCGCUAUAGAGCGUACGUGGCUGGAAAGGAGACGAGGAAAGUGUACCUUCACACAAGAGCGGCCUGUGUGACACUCCAAGCUGGAUUCAGAGGCACGAGGGUUCGGGCCGAGCUGAAGAGAAAUCACCGGGCAGCGACGGUCAUUCAGUCUUCAGUGAGGAUGUUUUUAUGUCGGAAACGAUAUUUCCUCCUCCAAAGUGCAGCGAUUAUCAUCCAGAGCCGAUACAGAGCGCUUCUGGUCUGCAGGGCACAGCGGAAAGAAUACAGUGCGCUGAAGCAGGCCGCUGUAGAAAUACAAGCCGUAUACCGAGGAUGUAGAGUGAGACGAGAUCUCAAGAGGAGGCACGAUGCUGCCAGAGCGAUCCAAGCGCAGUUCAGGAUGCACAGAAUGCACACGGCCUACCUCGCCACCAAGUGUGCCGCCGUCAUUAUUCAGGAACGCUACAGGGCCAAAAUACUCAGGAAUCUACAGAUGCAGCGGUAUGGGGCAAUGAAAUCUGCAGUGGUGUUCAUCCAGGCGGCGUACCGUCGCCACAGGGCAAGGAGCAAGAUUGUAGAGAUGCACCGAGCCGCAUCCAUCAUUCAGAGAAAAUUUCUCGCUGUUCGGGAUAGAAAAAGGUUCCUAGCUCUCAAGGCCGCGGCUUUGGUUUGUCAGCAGAGGUACAGAGCAGUAGCUCUGGCAAGAAAAGAGCGUUUGGACUAUCUGUCGAAGCGCACCGCAGUCAUUCGUCUGCAGGCGGCCUACAGAGGAUGCACUGUCAGAAAGCAGUUGCAUGUGCAGCGUUCGGCAGCUGUUACAAUUCAGUCCCACUUCCGAAAGCACCAGCAGAGAACCUACUACAAGACUCUCCUCUGGGCUGCCAGGGUUUUGCAAGCACGUUACAGAGCCAACGGGAAAAUGAGACGGGAGAUGCAAGCCCUGAGUGCCAAGAGAAAUGCUGCUGUUAUCUUACAAGCUGCCUUCAGAGGAAUGAAAUCCAGACGACUCUUCAAACGCAAGCAUCAGGCUGCCGGCGUUAUCCAGAGGGCCUACAGAGCACACUGUGAACACCAGCAGUAUCUGAUGUUGAAAUCCUCCGUCCUCACCAUUCAGCGGAGGUAUCGGGCCACUGCAGCAGCAACGGUUCAGAUGCAGAAAUACCAGACAAUGCGCAGCGCGGCGGUCAUCGUUCAGGCCGCACACAGAGGUCAGCAGGUCAGACGGCAGGUUGCUCGCUGGCAUCAGGCUGCCACUGUGAUCCAGUCUGCAUUCAGAAAGCACAGACAGGAAGUCACAUUCCAGGCCAUGCGCUUGUCCUCCAUCAUCAUCCAGAGAUUCUAUCGCUCCUGUGUUCUUCGGAGGCAAGAAAGGGAAAAGUUCUUAAAAAUUCGACAUUGUGCCAUCGUUCUUCAGGCAGCGUUCAGAGGUCAUCUUGUGCGGACCAACGUCACCAAGAUGCACAGGGCAGCUGCUGUUAUUCAAGCCAACUUCAAGAGACACAGACAGCAGUCGGCCUUCAGAAAACAACGCUGGGCAGCCUGCGUCUUACAGCAGAGGUUCAGAGCUCAGAUUCAGAGAAACACUGAGGUGAAACAUUACCAGGAGGUUAAGAAGGCCGUCACUCAGCUUCAAGCUGCCUUCCGUGGAAUGAAAUCCAGAAGAAUAAUUAAACGAAGGCAUCAGGCUGCUUGUGCUAUCCAGAGAGCCUACAGAGGCUUCUCUAAACGCAGGCAGUAUCUGAAAUUAAAAUGCUCAGUCCUAACUGUUCAGAGAAGAUAUCGUGCUGCUAUUGCAGCUAAAGCCCAAAGAACAGAAUACCAGACAAUGCGCAGCGCAGCGGUCAUCAUUCAGGCCGCACACAGAGGUCAGCAGGUCAGACGGCAGGUUGCUCGCUGGCAUCAGGCUGCCACUGUGAUCCAGUCUGCAUUCAGAAAGCACAGACAGGAAGUCACAUUCCAGGCCAUGCGCUUGUCCUCCAUCAUCAUCCAGAGAUUCUAUCGCUCCUGUGUUCUUCGGAGGCAAGAAAGGGAAAAGUUCUUAAAAAUUCGACAUUGUGCCAUCGUUCUUCAGGCAGCGUUCAGAGGUCAUCGUGUGCGGACCAACGUCGCCAAGAUGCACAGGGCAGCUGCUGUUAUUCAAGCCAACUUCAAGAGGCACAGACAGCAGUCGGCCUUCAGAAAACAACGCUGGGCAGCCUGUGUCUUACAGCAGAGGUUCAGAGCUCAGAAGCAGAGAAACACUGAGGUGAAACAUUACCAGGAGGUUAAGAAGGCCGUCACUCGGCUUCAAGCUGCCUUCCGUGGAAUGAAAUUGAGGGAGAAAAUCAAACACAGGCAUCAGGCUGCCGGCGUUAUCCAGAGGGCCUACAGAGCACACUGUGAACACCAGCAGUAUCUGAUGUUGAAAUCCUCCGUCCUCAGCAUUCAGCGGAGGUAUCGGGCCACUGCAGCAGCAACGGUUCAGAUGCAGAAAUACCAGACAAUGCGCAGCGCGGCGGUCAUCGUUCAGGCCGCACACAGAGGUCAGCGGGUCAGACGGCAGGUUGCUCGUUGGCAUCAGGCUGCCACUGUGAUCCAGUCUGCAUUCAGAAAGCACAGACAGGAAGUCACAUUCCAGGCCAUGCGCUUGUCCUCCAUCAUCAUCCAGAGAUUCUAUCGCUCCUGUGUUCUUCGGAGGCAAGAAAGGGAAAAGUUCUUAAAAAUUCGACAUUGUGCCAUCGUUCUUCAGGCAGCGUUCAGAGGUCAUCGUGUCCGGACCAACGUCGCCAAGAUGCACAGGGCAGCUGCUGUUAUUCAAGCCAACUUCAAGAGACACAGACAGCAGUCGGCCUUCAGAAAACAACGCUGGGCAGCCUGCGUCUUACAGCAGAGGUUCAGAGCUCAGAUUCAGAGAAACACUGAGGUGAAACAUUACCAGGAGGUUAAGAAGGCCGUCACUCAGCUUCAAGCUGCCUUCCGUGGAAUGAAAUCUAGAAGAAUAAUUAAACGAAGGCAUCAGGCUGCUUGUGCUAUCCAGAGAGCCUACAGAGGCUUCUCUAAACGCAGGCAGUAUCUGAAAUUAAAAUGCUCAGUCCUAACUGUUCAGAGAAGAUAUCGUGCUGCUAUUGCAGCUAAAGCCCAAAGAACAGAAUACCAGACAAUGCGCAGCGCAGCGGUCAUCAUUCAGGCCGCACACAGAGGUCAGCAGGUCAGACGGCAGGUUGCCCGCUGGCAUCGCGCUGCCACUGUGAUCCAGUCUGCAUUCAGAAAGCACAGACAGGAAGUCACAUUCCAGGCCAUGCGCUUGUCCUCCAUCAUCAUCCAGAGAUUCUAUCGCUCCUGUGUUCUUCGGAGGCAAGAAAGGGAAAAGUUCUUAAAAAUUCGACAUUGUGCCAUCGUUCUUCAGGCAGCGUUCAGAGGUCAUCGUGUCCGGACCAACGUCGCCAAGAUGCACAGGGCAGCUGCUGUUAUUCAAGCCAACUUCAAGAGGCACAGACAGCAGUCGGCCUUCAGAAAACAACGCUGGGCAGCCUGUGUCUUACAGCAGAGGUUCAGAGCUCAGAAGCAGAGAAACACUGAGGUGAAACAUUACCAGGAGAUUAAGAAGGCCGUCACUCGGCUUCAAGCUGCCUUCCGUGGAAUGAAAUUGAGGGAGAAAAUCAAACACAGGCAUCAGGCUGCCGGCGUUAUCCAGAGAGCCUACAGAGCACACUGUGAACACCAGCAGUAUCUGAUGUUGAAAUCCUCCGUCCUCAGCAUUCAGCGGAGGUAUCGGGCCACUGCAGCAGCAACGGUUCAGAUGCAGAAAUACCAGACAAUGCGCAGCGCGGCGGUCAUCGUUCAGGCCGCACACAGAGGUCAGCAGGUCAGACUGCAGGUUGCUCGUUGGCAUCAGGCUGCCACUGUGAUCCAGUCUGCAUUCAGAAAGCACAGACAGGAAGUCACAUUCCAGGCCAUGCGCUUGUCCUCCAUCAUCAUCCAGAGAUUCUAUCGCUCCUGUGUUCUUCGGAGGCAAGAAAGGGAAAAGUUCUUAAAAAUUCGACAUUGUGCCAUCGUUCUUCAGGCAGCGUUCAGAGGUCAUCGUGUCCGGACCAACGUCGCCAAGAUGCACAGGGCAGCUGCUGUUAUUCAAGCCAACUUCAAGAGGCACAGACAGCAGUCGGCCUUCAGAAAACAACGCUGGGCAGCCUGCGUCUUACAGCAGAGGUUCAGAGCUCAGAUUCAGAGAAACACUGAGGUGAAACAUUACCAGGAGGUUAAGAAGGCCGUCACUCGGCUUCAAGCUGCCUUCCGUGGAAUGAAAUCUAGAAGAAUAAUUAAACAAAGGCAUCAGGCUGCUUGUGCUAUCCAGAGAGCCUACAGAGGCUUCUCUAAACGCAGGCAGUAUCUGAAAUUAAAAUGCUCAGUCCUAACUAUUCAGAGAAGAUAUCGUGCUGCUAUUGCAGCUAAAGCCCAAAGAACAGAAUACCAGACAAUGCGCAGCGCGGCGGUCAUCGUUCAGGCCGCUCACAGAGGUCAGCAGGUCAGACGGCAGGUUGCCCGCUGGCAUCGCGCUGCCACUGUGAUCCAGUCUGCAUUCAGAAAGCACAGAGAGGAAGUCACAUUCCAGGCCAUGCGCUUGUCCUCCAUCAUCAUCCAGAGAUUCUAUCGCUCCUGUGUUCUUCGGAGGAAAGAAAGGGAAAACUUCCUCAGAGCCAAACAUUGUGCCAUCGUUCUUCAGGCAGCGUUCAGAGGUCAUCGUGUGCGGACCAACGUCGCCAAGAUGCACAGGGCAGCUGCUGUUAUUCAAGCCAACUUCAAGAGGCACAGACAGCAGUCGGCCUUCAGAAAACAACGCUGGGCAGCCUGCGUCUUACAGCAGAGGUUCAGAGCUCAGAAGCAGAGAAACACUGAGGUGAAACAUUACCAGGAGAUUAAGAAGGCCGCCAUUAAGCUUCAAGCUGCCUUCCGUGGAAUGAAAUUGAGGGAGAAAAUCAAACACAGGCAUCAGGCUGCCGGCGUUAUCCAGAGGGCCUACAGAGCACACUGUGAACACCAGCAGUAUCUGAUGUUGAAAUCCUCCGUCCUCACCAUUCAGCGGAGGUAUCGGGCCACUGCAGCAGCAACGGUUCAGAUGCAGAAAUACCAGACAAUGCGCAGCGCAGCGGUCAUCGUUCAGGCCGCACACAGAGGUCAGCAGGUCAGACGGCAGGUUGCUCGCUGGCAUCAGGCUGCCACUGUGAUCCAGUCUGCAUUCAGAAAGCACAGACAGGAAGUCACAUUCCAGGCCAUGCGCUUGUCCUCCAUCAUCAUCCAGAGAUUCUAUCGCUCCUGUGUUCUUCGGAGGCGAGAAAGGGAAAAGUUCCUAAAAAUGAAGCAAUCCACCAUCACCCUGCAGGCAGCGUUCAGAGGUUGGUCUGUGAGGAGGAACAUACGCAGACAAAAUCAGGCCGCGGUUGUGAUCCAGUCAUGCUGGAGAUGCUCGGUGCAAAGGCGUAUCUUCCAAAAGACGCGUGAGACGGCCAUGAAACUUCAGCGGAGGUUCCGGGCGGUGCAGCUCGGCACGUUGGAGAGGAACCGAUACACCCGGAUCAGGAAAGCUGCCGUCACACUUCAGAAACACUGUCGAGCUUGGAUUGCAAGACAACAGGUACGAGAGAGAGCCGCGGCAGAGAGGAGGCGCCGCUUCACGUCUGCGGUCUUCCACCAUCUCAGCGCCAUAAAGGUGCAACGGGCUCUGAGAGCCCACUGGGCUUUGGAGUCGGCCAAAAGACAAAUCCAGUCCGUCAUCGCCAUACAGCGAUGGGUAAGAUGGAGGCAGCAGAGGAGACGGUACCUGGAGGACAGGAGGAAAGUGCUCAUCGCCCAGAGAGCGGUGAAGUGUUGGUUGGGUCGCCGCCACAGGGCUGCGUCCGUCAUCCAGCAGGCCGUCCGCAGGCUCCUCCUUCUCAAGCGCCAGGAGAGGGUUCAACAAGGCAUUGUCAAAGCUCAGUCUCUGUGGAGAGGACACCGCUCCCGCCGACUGAAUGACAACGCCAAGUUGGUGGAAUUAAGACACCGAUUACGCAAAAUCUCCGCCGGCGUCCGAGAGGAGGACAAACUGUGCCACAAGACGUCGGCUGCCCUGGACUACCUCCUUCGAUGCAAACACUUCUCCUAUGUUUUCCAAGCCCUGAGAAACCUCGAGACCGCCACCAGACUAUCUCCAGUGUGCUGUGAGCAGCUGGUUGAGAGCGGAGCCACCAUCGUCAUCUUCACACUCAUCCGCUCCUGCAACAGGAGCGCCCCUUGCAUGGAGGUCAUCACCUACUCCAUCCAGGUCCUCCUCAACCUCUCGAAGUACCACAAGACCAUCGAGGCGGUGUAUUCGGUGGAAAGCUCCGUGGAGACGCUGCUGGACCUGCUGCAGAAAUACAGAGAGAAGGCCGGCGAUAGAGUAGCGGAACAGGGCGGCGGCAUCUUCACCAAGGCCUGCUUCCUUCUCGCUCUGCUCCUGCAAGACAAGCACUGUGCUCGGGAGGUUAUGAAGCGACCCAUGGUUUUGGAUCGGAUCCGCAGUAUUUACCGUCUCACAGCUCGCAAACACAAGAUGGACGCCGAAAGGACUGUUAUGAAACAGAAGAUGAACGCAUCAACGAAUGGAAGCGUCUUGGUCCAAGCAACGCCUCGUAAAUCACGCCCUGUGCCAAAAUUUGCACCGGAUUGGGUCCUCAGAAAAGACAAGCUCAAAGAUAUCGUGGAGCCUCUCCGGGCCAUUGAGAUGGUGGCACGCACACUUUCCAUUGUGUUGUAAAUUGAUCAGCUUUUAAAUCUUCAUCUUCAUCCUCUUUUUUACUUAAAAAAACCAUUUUGUAUAGUUCUCUUUUACAUUUCCAUGUUUUUCAUGUUUAUAAUAAAAUUGAUUUGUUUCUUAAAACAUGC